GGAGCAUCGGCAUCCAUUGUAUUGACUCAGAAAAAUGCAGAAAUUGCUCAAGUUGGAAAAUCCAUUGAUUUAAGUUGUGAAGUCAGUGGUUAUAAUAUAAACAAUCACCACAUGCACUGGAUCAGACAAGCCUCUGGAGGAAACCUGACCGAGUCAGACAUUGCAUUUAGAACUGGAUAUGAUACUUAUAUUGCUGAUAGUGUCAAAGGCAGAGUCACUCCAUCCACAAGUGGAUCCACUGCCCUGCUGAAGAUUGACAGACUGACCGAGUCAGACACUGCAAAGUAUUAUUGUGCAAGAUAA